AUGUCUAGGGAUAACUGGGAGAGGCUGGUCGCAGCAGUGAGGCUGGUGGCAGCAGCGCUGCGGAAAGCGCAGCUCUGGGAAAUGUUUCAUGACCACUCCAGGAGUUCAUCCCACAGCACCAUUUCAUCUGAUCUGAGUUCGAAUUCAAGUAAUGAGAAUCUUGUUUUUGCCUCUAACAAUUUGGAAUCUCACCAUGUACCUUCAACGAUGAUCCCAUCCUUUUCUCGAGCACAAUUACGUUUUGUUCGUUGCCCAAAGUGUGCGAGUAUCCUUCCACUCACAGGUUACCCAAUUUACCGAUGCGGUGGCUGUGAUUCAUAUAAAACAGUUCAGCAGAAAAAAUCCAACCUGACUGUAAAUGGGCAUCCAAUACCUGAUCGAUUAGUUAAGAAAGCUGAAAAAGUUGCUGGACCCAUCCAGCCCUGGGAUUACUGGUAUGAUUUUCGAGCUGGAUUCUGGGGUGUUAUGGGAGGUCGUGCUCUUGGCAUAAUUCCUCCAUUUAUUCAGGAAUUUAACUAUCCUAUGCCAGCACAUUGUUCUGGUGGUAACACUGGUAUAUUCGUAAAUGGUAGAGAGCUCCAUCAAAGAGAUCUGGAUCUGCUGCAUGGCAGAGGCCUCCCAACCGAUAGAGGUAAAUCAUACACCAUUGAGAUGUCUGGCAGAGUCCUUGAUGAGCAGACUGGUGAGGAGCUCCACUUAGGCAAACUUGCUCCAACUGUGGAGAAGGUGAAGCAUGGAUUUGGCAUGAAAGUUCCACGUUUUUAUGAGGUGUAAAGGCUCUGACGACUUCUGUUCUAUGCAUUCAGAGACACGUUUAUGAGAAAGACCAUCCAAUAUCACCUUCCAAAGAUACCUGCACCUUCUGAUGUGAAUAGAAAGCGUAUGGAACCGAUCCUGGUAAUGAAAAUAACUGUAUAAGAGGAAAAGGAUAAUCAUAAUCAGAUAUGAUUUUUGCAUUUUUAUUUUAUCUUUGUCAUAAAUUGGCGUGUUCAGAUUGUUUGCCAGUCUUGCGGCAGUGAUUUUGUAAGUAAACGGAAAUAUGCUGGUUAUAGUUCUUGUACGAUAAUGUUGUAGGUCUGAGCUCAGUAUGCAUUGUAUGUA